CCGAAAGGUAGCGAAAGCAACAGAGUGAACCCGUGAGUGUGUGGCCAGCCGUGGCCGUGGUUGCGAAAAUUGGAAAUGUUUGGCGUUGUUUCGACGGAGGCCUAGUUCCCCGCGGUGCGGUUCGUUCAUCCAACGUGCAUCGCGAAGCCGCGUCUGAGUUAUAAAUCCCUCCCAGCGAGCUGAACCCGUGGCCGGGAGAACAAAAGCGUGAAAAAGAUUGUAGACUCUGGGGAAGAAGAAGACUGCCAGAACGUCCUUUGAAAGCAGGAAGCGUUUUGAAUCGCGAAUUCGGCGCGACGCCUUUUCGUGCAGAUAAAGCGGUGCAGAGAAUCGAUCUUCCGCUCCGCGUAAGGGGGGAAGCUUUAGUAGUGGCGCACUGACGCUGGUUGCGCCGCAGCGGUGGACUGGUACGAGUGGCACUGUGAAGCCACGGUGUGUACGAACAACCUAUAGAAAACAGCUGGUGUCUGAAGAAAAAGGGAACCCGCAAAAUGAGCCACACGGAGAACGAUCGCAAACGGGCCAAUUUUUCUGCCCUGAGCAACAGUAACGGGGCCAUCAUCAAGAUGACCACAGCAACAGGCACUGGGAAACCGGGGGAUAUUAAGAAAAUUAUCAUCAAAAACUUCAGAACGAAACCAACACUGCCGGACAACUAUCAGGAACGGACGUGGGAGAAGCUGCGGGAAGCCGUGAUCGCCAUCCAGCUAUCGAAGCGUAUCGAAUACUCGCUGGAGGAGCUGUACCAGGCGGUCGAGAACAUGUGCAGCCACAAGAUGGACUCGCAGCUGUACGUCAACCUGACGUCGCUGGCCGAGCAGCACGUCAAGUCGAACAUUACACCAUUCCUGGCGGAGUCCGUCGACAAGUUGGUGUACCUGAAGAAGAUGAACGAUUGCUGGCAGUCGCACUGCCAGCAGAUGAUCAUGAUCCGCAGCAUUUUCCUGUACCUCGACCGAACGUACGUGCUACAGAACCCGACGGUGCACUCGAUCUGGGACAUGGGCCUGGAGCUGUUCCGCGAUCACAUCGCCCAGAACGGCCUGGUGCAGACCCGCACGGUCGAUGGCAUCCUGAUACUGAUCGAAAAGGAGCGCCACGGCGAGGCGGUUGAUCGGACGCUGCUGAAGAGCCUGCUGCGCAUGCUGUCCGAUCUGCAGAUCUACCGGGAGGCGUUCGAGCAAAAGUUCCUGGUCGCCACCAAGCACCUGUACCAGUCGGAGGGUCAGGCGAAAAUGGAGGAGCUGGACGUGCCGGACUACCUGCAGCACGUCGACAAGCGGCUGCAGGAGGAGAACGAACGGCUGCUGCACUAUCUCGACAGUUGCACCAAGCAUCAGCUGAUCGUGACGGUGGAGCGGCAGCUCAUCAACGAGCACAUCACGGGCAUCCUGCAGAAGGGGCUGGAUCAGCUGCUGGAGGAGAACCGACUGGCCGAUCUGACGCUUCUGUAUCAGCUGUUUAGCCGCGUGAAAAACGGCACCACCGAGCUGUGCUCGCACUUUAACGCGUACAUCAAGAAGAAGGGUCGCACGAUCGUGAUCGACCCGGAGAAGGACAAGUCGAUGGUGCAGGACCUGCUCGACUACAAGGACAAGAUGGACCACAUCGUCAACACGUGCUUCGAGCGGAACGAAAAGUACGCCAACUCGCUGCGCGAAGCGUUCGAGUACUUCAUCAACCAGCGCUCGAACAAACCGGCCGAACUGAUCGCGAAGUACGUCGACAUGAAGCUCCGGGCGGGCAACAAGGAGGCAACGGAGGAGGAACUCGAGCAGAUACUGGACAAGAUUAUGGUGCAGUUUCGGUUCAUCCACGGCAAGGACGUGUUCGAGGCGUUCUACAAGAAGGAUCUGGCCAAACGCCUGCUGGUGGGCAAGUCGGCCUCCGUCGACGCGGAGAAGAGCAUGCUGUCGAAGCUGAAGCAGGAGUGUGGCGGCGGGUUCACCUCGAAGCUGGAGGGCAUGUUCAAAGACAUGGAACUAAGCCGCGACAUUAACAUCGCGUUCAAACAGAGCAUGCAGAACGCGGAACACAAGGACCUACAAAGCAUCGAUCUGACGGUCAACAUACUGACGAUGGGCUUUUGGCCGACGUAUCCGCUGAUGGAAGUGACCCUCCCGCCCGAGCUGCUACAGUAUCAGGCGAUAUUCAACAAAUUCUACCUUGCCAAGCACAGUGGCCGGAAACUCCAGUGGCAACCCACUCUGGGGCACUGCGUGCUGAAAGCACAGUUCGAUGCGGGACCGAAAGAUUUACAGGUCUCACUGUUCCAAGCCCUGGUCCUGCUGCUGUUCAACUACAAUGCCAUCAUUAUGUUCGAGGACAUUUGCGCGGCGGUCAACAUCGAGACGGGUGAGCUGAAGCGUACCCUCCAGUCGCUGGCCUGUGGCAAGGCCCGAGUGCUGACAAAGAUUCCGAAAGGGCGUGAGGUGGAAAAUACGGACAAGUUCCAGUUCAACAACGAGUUUACGAAUAAGCUGUUCCGCAUCAAGAUCAAUCAGAUACAGAUGAAGGAAACGACGGAAGAGCAAAAAGCCACCGAAGAACGUGUCUACCAGGACCGGCAGUAUCAGAUCGAUGCCGCGAUCGUGCGUAUCAUGAAGAUGAGGAAAACACUAAGCCACAAUCUGCUGAUUACGGAACUCUACAAACAGCUUACCUUUCCGGUAAAGCCGGCCGACCUGAAGAAACGAAUCGAAUCCCUCAUCGACCGAGACUACAUGGAGCGGGACAAGGAUAACCAAAACCAGUACAACUACGUUGCCUAAACCAUUGAGCGCCUCGGCAAGAACUCCAGAUCGACCGUUUUCCUGUUUGUACGGCCCAACAUGAAAACACCAACUACAAACCAUUGGGCGCGAACCAUUGUCCAUUCACCUGACCGUUGCAACCUGUAGCAGAGUAGGGCUUCGGUACGCCGGCUUCAUUUUAUGUCUCUCAACCUUCCUCCAGAACGGUGAUUCGUCCAACGACGAUUAGUAGCGGGCAUGCGUUGAAUUUGAUUAUUGACGAAUUUUGGAAGGGCACAGAAAGUAGUGUACAUUUUGUAAUAAAUCCACGAAGAGUGUUGUGUAAGCAGAACUGAGCUCAAA